GUGGUGGAUGAUCGUCUGAGGCGGCUCAGUGCCGGUUCGCUCAGCGCCCCGGCUGGCCGAUACAACAGCGUAUCAAUCGUUUGCCACACAUUUGCGAAACGAUAUUGUGCAAUAAGCAUGGAAAUGUUGCUAGCUACCGUGUUGCUACUAGUGCUGCACUGUAUUACCGCAGACAUUCCGCCAUACAUUAAGGUGUGCCAGCGAAAUGAUCCGAACGUUGACAAGUGCAUUAUGAAUUCGGUCGAGGAGCUACGUCCAAAGAUGAUAGACGGAAUUCCGGAGUUGGACGUUCCAGGCAUCGAACCUUUGAGUCUCGGACAAAUUGCGUUGGCUAGAGGUCCGCAGGGAGCCAAGCUCACCGCUGUCGUCAACGACGUGAAAGUAAAUGGACCCAGUAACUUCGUUAUUGAGGAAUUGAAGUCGGAUUUAGAUAACAAUCGUUUUGAUUUCAAAUUGCUACUACCGAAGCUGGACUUCAACGGGAAAUACAAGAUGGAUAUUCAGGUGCUGUUACUGCGGCUGCAGGGUCGGGGUAACAUCACAGGAACGUUUAGAGAUUACGCUUGCAACGUCACUAUGAGAGGGCACAAAGAGAAGCGCGGAGACGAAGAAUACCUUCGUUUUGAUCCAUUCAAAGUCAAGCUUCGUGUCGGACAGUCCUCCAUUUACCUUACGAACCUUUUUGACGGCGACCCGGUACUAGGCCCGGCCACAAACAGGGUGAUCAACGAGAACUCUAAUGUGUUCCUCGAAGAAAUCCGCCCAGUCCUUGAAAGGAGUCUCGGAGAGCUCUUCACUGAAAUGGCGAACAAAAUAACCGCGAAAUUCACUUACAAAGAACUAUUUCCUUAGCGGUGUAUCAUAAUUAUUUGUCUUAAUUUUUAAUGUUUUAGUUUUUAAAGGUGUUAAUAGAAUUUUGUGAUUCGAAUGUUUUCCGUACGUGCAUUUGACUAGAUAAUAUUCUACCAGUGGUAUUGGUUAGUAAGCAUUGAGUUACUUAAAAAAACAUACACAUAAAAAGAAUAGGUUU